GGUGGCCCAGCCGUCGUCAAGAACAAUCAAGACUGCACAAGCAACUCACUAGCUUCAUAAGUUGCGAUCUGGCAAAAAGAUUCAUAAUAUCGAGACUCAUUGCAAUUUCAACUUUUUAUCGUCAAUUAAACUGCUAGAAAAGGGUUCAAAGGCAUAAUGUCUUUGUGAGCUCUGAUGCCAUUCCAACAGGAAUACGAAUCACGUCAUUCGCUAGUUUUUCCAGUGCAACGCUAUGCUGUAAUACCAACUUGCUGCUGAAGGAAGGUCGACCAGAUCCCUCACGGCGACCGUAAAUCUUCUUAAAUAGAGGAUUUCCUCUGCAAGAUCGCCAACCGCGGACUCUCCUACAGACCCUUUUACACAAGAUGGAUCCCUCUCCCGAUAAGCCUGGCCUCGUGCCCACUGAUACGAAAACCAGCAGCCCCUCUAGGGCUGAAUACGAGGCUAGCCUUCAUGCACGAAAGCAUGACAAGCUCAACCGAGCCUUGUCAAAUCGACAAGUCCAGAUGAUUGCGAUAGGCGGCACGAUUGGUACCGGAUUGUUUCUUGGCACUGGCAAGGCUCUCGCAACUGGUGGACCGGCUUCGCUAUUGAUAUGUUAUCUGAUCGUUGGUGUGAUUAUUUACAUCACCAUGCUUAGUCUUGGAGAGAUGGCAGCGUUCAUGCCUAUUGCGGGCAGUUUCUGUACCUACUCUACACGCUUUGUUGAUGAGGCUCUCGGCUUCGCGCUGACCUGGAACUAUUGGUUCAACGAUGCUGUUAGUACGGCAUCAGAUCUAGUUGCAGUUCAAUUGGUAUUGAAGUACUGGUCGGACAAUUUUCCCGGUUGGGCCAUCAGUUUGGUCUUCUGGGUUUUCCUUAUGGCAUGCAACAUAGCCAGCGUGAGAUUAUACGGCGAGAUCGAGUACUGGCUGAGUAUUCUUAAAGUCAUAACCAUUUUUGUGUUUAUCAUUCUUGGUGGUGCAGUAAACGCUGGAGGCAACACCGAAGGUCAUUACAUCGGCGGAGAGAACUGGCGCAUCCCUGGCGCUCCAUUUGUUGAUGGGAUUGGAGGUUUUGCUUCUGUGUUUGUCACUGCAGCCUUCGCAUAUGGCGGCACCGAGAGCAUUGCGAUCACAGCAGGCGAGACCAAGAAUCCUGCGAAAAAUCUUCCCCGGGUAGUCAAGAAUGUCUUUUGGAGAAUUCUUUUCUUCUAUGUCCUCGCAAGCGUUAUUAUUGGCUUGAACGUUCCUUACAACUACCCCAAUCUGAGCACGAAAACCUCACGAACGUCGCCUUUCACCAUCGUUUUCCAGAUGGCCGGUGCCCAUUCUGCAGGUAGCGUCAUCAAUGCAGUCAUCCUGACCAGCGUCAUCAGUGCUGGCAACCACGCUUUGUUCGCCGGUGCUCGCUUGAUGUAUACUCUGGCAGUUGAAGGCCACGCGCCGGCAUGUUUCGGCAAGCUCAACCGGCAACGAGUCCCUUGGGUUGGCGUGCUUCUCACCGGUGCGAUUUCCGCAUUGUGCUUUGGUGCAAGCUUUAUUGGUGCUGGUGACCUCUGGAACUGGCUUCAGAACAUCGUUGGCGUUUCAAACCAACUGAGUUGGAUAUCCAUUGGCUUAACCUCGAUCCGUUUCCGAGCUGCAUUGAAAGCUCAAGGCAAGACGCACCUUCUGCCUUUCCGCAACUGGACCUAUCCCGUAGGCCCUUACUUUUGCGUUAUUCUCAACAUCUUUCUGGUUCUGGUACAGGGCUGGAAGUGUUUCAGCCCCACAUUCAAAGCGGUCGACUUCGUCAGCUAUUACAUUGAAAUUGCUAUUAUGCUUCUCAUGUACGUUGGCUGGAAGGUCGUCAAGAGGACAAAAAUCGUUAGGCUCAGUGAGAUGGAUCUUGAGACAGAUACCUACACGAUUGAAGUAGAGCACGCUUCGUCUAUUGAAAAGGUUCCUAUCUGGAGGAAAGCGCUAAAUUGGCUUGCAUAGAAAUUAGCAAAUUACUCGAGCGUACGCCAAAACUGUUGUUAGCUAUUCAUACUUUUCUGAACUCUACCCUCUAUAUAUGGAAAGAUGCGAAAUGGAGAACUAGCUGCUUCCUCAGUGUGAGAGCGACGUCGCCUGGAAUGUAAGAAUAUGGAAAGGUAAUUCUGCUUUGAACAUCCUGUAAGGUGAAUAUAAUCGCUAGCAACAGCGUUGAACAGUAGAGUGAUACUGUAG